AUUUUUAAUUCAAUUGUUUUUUUUGUUUGUUAUUUAACUAAUUACAUACUCAUUAACUAUUUAAAAUGUCGGUAGACUUGACAGCAUUGGCCAAAGAGUCGGUAUGGACUGAAAAGUAUAGAUAUGCCGACGCAGAGAGGGAUUACCACUCGUCGGGCGGCACCAACUCAUGCCAUUUUAGACAAUCAAAGCAAUGUUCUUCACAAUCAGCAAAAUGUUGUUCUUCUACUUCUACUACUACUACCACUUCUUCUUGUUGUUCUUCAGCGACCACUACUUCACAAUCAAAGAGCAAUUGUUGUACUAAUGAAUCUUCUAUUGUCUCAGAUCUAGUGAAAGUUCGCCAAUUAAUUAAUAAGACAUUAGAGUCUGCUGGAACCGAUGGCUGUAAUCCAUACGCCGAUAGGAUUAACAGUUUGGAGACAGAGAAUCAAUCGCUUAAGAAAUCUGUCAACCAAUUGACUGCAUUGGUAUCGAAGUUAGAGCUAAGAGUGUCGUCGCUGGAGAAGAGCUCGAGUUCGCCGCCGUCGGCGACAGCGGCCGCAACCGCUGCUAAACCAGUGGCCAAACCGGCGGCAACAGCUAAAGCUGAAGACAACGAUUCGGAUGUAGAUUUGUUUGGUUCCGAUGAUGACGAUGACGACAAAGAGGCUGACGAACUGAAGAAGAAGAGACUGGAAGAAUAUGCAAACAAAAAGGCCAAAAAGCCCGGUGUGAUCGCUAAAUCGUCGGUCGUGUUGGACAUCAAGCCCUGGGAUGACGAAACCGAUAUGAAGGCCAUGGAAGAGAAUGUGCGCAAAAUCGUAAUGGACGGUCUAGUUUGGGGCGCCUCCAAAUUGGUUCCGCUGGCCUACGGUAUCAAAAAAUUGCAAAUCGUUAUUGUCAUCGAAGACGAUAAGGUCUCAGUCGAAGAACUAACCGAAAAGCUGGAAGAACUGGAAGACUAUGUCCAGAGUGUAGACAUUGCAGCGUUUAAUAAGAUUUAAUUGAAUUUUUAAUUGAAAUAACGGGUAAUUUUAGCACAAUAACCGCUACCCCCCGUCCCCCCACUAAUUUAGCAUAAUUAUAAUUAAAACUA